GUGAACUGCGAAGUGUGGUGUAAACGUAUAAAAAACUAAUCUUGUCGACAAAAAUUCUCAGAAAAAGUAUGAAAGCAACACUGUUAUAGAUCCUAAACCGAGAUUAUCUCACGAAGUUAGAAGAAGUCGGGGAACUACAGGCAAAAUGUAUAAAGGGAAUAUCGCAUCAACGGUAUCGAAUGGGCCUUAUAUCAAAAUCUCUUAAACAGUUGCAUGCAAGUGAGAUUCGGGAGACAAUGGAUAAGGAUAUGAUGAAACGUGAACAACAGCUGCAUGAAAUAGAACAAACUCUGCCAAAACCAAAUGGUACAUACCUAUCAAUCAUUCUAGGAAACGUUAAUGUUUCAAUAUUGAACAAAAACGAUAAGUUCAAGUACAAAGACGAAUACGAAAAGUUCAAACUCGUUUUAUCUGUGAUUGGUUUCAUUCUAUCGGUACUAAACCUCUUCACGAAUAUAAGAACUCUGGAAUUAAGCUUCAUGUUUUUACUAGUCUGGUAUUACUGUACGCUGACGAUAAGAGAAAGCAUACUUAAAGUUAACGGAUCAAGAAUUAAGGGGUGGUGGCGAUUUCAUCACUUUUUAUCAACCGUUGUGUCAGGUGUUCUUCUCGUGUGGCCUAAUACUGGAGCGUGGUACUCUUUCCGAGGCCAAUUCAUGUGGUUUAAUGUAUAUAUAAGUGUAGUCCAGUAUCUUCAGUUUCGAUAUCAGCGGGGAGUUCUAUAUCGAUUAAAGGCGUUAGGUGAAAGGCACAACAUGGACAUCACAAUAGAAGGCUUCCAUUCGUGGAUGUGGCGAGGAUUAUCUUUUCUAUUACCUUUUUUGUUCGUCGGGUACUUCUUUCAACUGUAUAAUGCCUAUAUUUUAUAUACACUAGCUUCUCAUCCAAAAGCCACGUGGCAUGUUCCAGUUCUUAGUCUAAUGUUUCUUGUCUUAUUCCUGGGGAAUGUCAUCACUACGAUUAUGGUGAUCCCUCAGAAAUUGCAAGAUAGGUUUAGAGAUCAUUUGCAUGGUGUUUUUGUUUCCAAAAUUCAAGAUCGCAAGAAAGAUGCAUCUAAAGAUGAGGAGCCGAAGACAGAGAAAAGCGACUGAAUACAUUUAAGGUGCAGGUUCAUAAUACUAAGGUUACGCGAAAGUCUGGAAAUGUACAAACUAAACGCGAGUGGUUUUUCUCUUUCUCCAAAGAUCGCACCAAAGUCGAUAGGAAGCAACUCGUUUAAGUCGGCAUUUUCGCGUUUUCAAAUAAAAAAGUGAUUUUCCAAAAAAUCAAGAAUUCUGUUGAAAAUGGCUUUCCCUAUUCUUGAAAAAUUUGAAAUAUUCCAGUAUUUUUAAAUCAUAGAAUACUUUCGAAUACAUCAAGCCCAGUUUAAAUUAAUUAUCGAGUUUUUGUAAAUGAAAUAUUUUUGCAUAAAUCACUGUUUACCUAGAAAUGUUGGCACAUUCUCACUUAAUAUCUUAAUUUCCUGAUAUUUUAUGUACAUGUAGAUUUAUUUUUCAAAGUCUUCAAAGCAGGAUGGAAAACAAACGAGAAAAAUUUAUAUUUUGAAUCCUAUUUUGGCUGAGGUUUGCUUGUGUCUGUUUUAUGACAUAAGGUUCAAUUUUAACGAGAUAAUAAGUCUGCUUUAAGUCCUGCUUAGAGGAUUAGUAUUAAAUCGACUAGAGCACUAGUCUCAAAAUAGAACUCUUGUGCAGCGCACAGCAUUACGUUACGCAGGCCGUCGUUUGAACAUCCUAGUCUAAAUAUGGGUAUCAGUAGACGUAGAAAGUGUAAAUCUUAAAAGAUCAAGUAGGAAAAAUAAUCGUCCGAUUUCUUUUAAUUAACCUAUUACCAUUUAUGAAAAUACCAACACCAACAAAGGUUUAAGCAGUGCUUAUUAUGAAUUGAUAACGUAAUUUCAGCAAGCUGUCUACUAACCGAGAAAAACAGAAAAUAUCCACAAAUUAAAAUAAAACCUUGUAUUAAGCGAAAAUAACAAUUCGAGCCAGGAAUCACAUUUAAAGUUUUGGAAAAUAUAAUGUUUUUUAUAAAUCGCAA